GAUUAAAUCUGUAAAAAGUAAAAACCACAACACAAAUCGAAUCGGGCUCGUUCUUCCAAUCAUUCAUAGCUCUCACGAUGAAGAUCAUCAAUUUUUUCUUGAUUUCAUCCUUUCUCUUCUCAAUUUCUAGGGCUGAAUAUGCUGGAUCUGUUUUCUUCAUUGAUAGUUCUACUCAUCAAUUCCUUCGCGCUCGAUCCUCCGGCGAUGUCUCUCAGUCAGAGCCAAUGUUGUUACCUGAAGUUGGUGCCACCGUGUCAGUCUUGCUUGGUUUUCCACCACCAAUAACGCUUUCAGCUGCUGGUUCCUCUAAGUUGAAUGAGGUUCUCAUUCCUAAUCCAUUUGAUAGACCUCGUGCUGUUUUCGUGCUUGAAGUUAUUGGAGUUGACGAUCCUCUUGUUCUUGACCCGAAGAAUGGUCUCUUCCACAAAGCCUUGAAGAAUAGUAUUCGUCUUGGUUCACAUAAAGUGGACAUUGAGCUUCCAGAUGAAGAGGAAGUAUCUGUUAUUUCUUUGGACGAGUCUCUAAGAGAUUACUCUGAAGAAGAGAUCACUGACUUGGCAUCUUGGUUGGGUGGAUCAUAUGUCCCUGAUGCUACUAGGUCUAUGCAUGGAGUAUUGACAAUUCCCUUGGAAAAUGGCGACAGUGUGAACCUUCAUUUGUCGAAGAAAGUGCACAGGAAAUUUGCAUCAAAACUAUUUGCUCUGUUCCACAAUAUAAUGAAAGCAAUUGAGAUGCAUGAAGAUUUGUCACAGGCUUUGCAUAGACCAGCAGAGUUAAUAAUGGGUUCUUUUGAUGGAAUUAAGGCUUUGCAGGAGCAGCUUGAAGCUGACGGUUCUGAUAAGCAAGGAAUGAGGAUUCUGCUUGCCACACUUUCCAAGAUUGUUGAUUCACUACAGACAGCAUAUGAAGGUAAAAUUGUUGGAGUUAUUGUCUUUAAUGAAGCAUCUCAGUCAGAAUCAAAAACAUUGAUGAAUGUGAUUACUACCUCACGUCCAUCUCCACGUUGGUUGGAAGAAACAAAACGUCCGACUAAUGCCACCCUUGCUGCACAAGUUUUGGUUAGAAGAACCCUUGCUUGGAUAACUGGAAUUGUUCUUCUCAUUGCAACUCUCUUGGGGGUUUACUUCCUUCUCUAUAUGCCGUUGACGAGGGACACACUUUUGUACUCCAAUGUCAAGCUAGACUAAGCUAACAUAAAUAAGGCGAAGUAUAACGAAUAGUCAAACUAUCGGAAGGCGCCCGCCAUGAUUUAUCUUUUAUUAUGCAAAUCGAGGGAUAUAUUGUUACCUAUGAAGCUAUUUCAUUCCUAGGUUAUUUGGUGAUGUUGGAUAGGUUAAUCCGGCAGACAAAAUGCUCGUUUUUCUUCCAUAGGUAUUAGUAG